AUGGCGAGGAGGAUGCUUUGCAUCACCAUUUCCUUAUAUUGCUUAUUCAUAGCACAUGCUCAAAUUUUUGACAUCACAACCUACGGUGCAAAGCCUGGUGGUGCUGACAUUAGCCAGCCUUUAAAUAGGAUCCUGCGGAGUGCAUGUGAUUCUUCAACACCAAGCACUAUUUUGAUUCCAAAGGGCAAAUUUAUAUUGAAGGAAGCAUAUUUAAAAGGCCCUUGCAAGGCUCCCCAUAUUGCACUUACUAACCAAGGCUCCGUCAUUGCCCUCCCUGAACCGACAUCAGUAAAAAAGAACAAUGAAUGGAUAAUGAUACAAUACGUCGACCAUCUCACCAUCAACGGCAACGGUGUCUAUGAUGGUGUUGGAGCUAAGUCUUGGGCACUAAACAAAGAACAUUGUUGGAAUUCUACACAAUGUAAUCAAUUUCCAAAUAAUUUUGGUCUUCACAAUCUCAAGCAUUUAACAGUUAGGGACAUAACAUCCAAGGAUGCCAAAUCAUUCCACUUCAUCGUAAGUGAUGCUCAGAAUGCAACAUUCCAAAAUCUAAAAGUCACUGCACCUGGAAAUAGUCCAAACACAGAUGGUAUCCACAUUGGAAAGAGCAGACAAGUAACCAUCAUGGACUCGUCCUUCAAAACUGGCGAUGAUUGUGUCUCCAUUGGGGAUGAUACUAAAGGAGUUAACAUUACGAGAAUCAGUUGUGGACCUGGACACGGAAUUAGUGUUGGAAGUCUCGGAAAGUAUAAUGAUGAGAAGCCUGUUGUAGGAGUUUGGGUGACAAACAGUAAUCUCUCCAACACCAUGAAUGGCGUUAGAAUCAAAACUUGGGCAUACUCCCAACCAAACGAAGCAUCUAAUAUGCAUUUUGAAAACAUCCGAAUGGAUAAUGUCGGCAACCCUAUCAAUAUUGACCAACUUUAUUGCCCAUCUGGUGGUUGCAAUAUGAAUAUGCCAUCAAGGGUUAAACUCAACAAAAUCAGCUUCAAAGGUAUUACAGGGACUUCAUCAACUCCCGUUGCCGUGAAUCUGGUCUGCAGUUCUACUUUCCCUUGCCAAGGUGUGGAGAUUGGUAACAUUGAUUUAAAAUUCAAAGGAGGUGCUGCACAAUUCGUCUGCUCAAAUGCAAGGCCCGCAUUUUCUGGCAAACAAAAUCCUAAAAUAAACUGUAGAUAA